CCUGUGAGAAAGGACAGCUGCUUAGAGAAUUAUAUCAUAUAGAAACGUUCGAACAAGCCAGACACUACGAAAACCUUCAGGAUGUUCGGCCAAACCAUACACAUGCUCCUUGCACUGGGGCAAUUAGGACUUGCCCUCGGGAAACUAGAUCCUCAGAUCGUGUCCGCCAUUUCUGGAGCAAUCAAAGACGGUACUUCCUUGCAGGGGACCCACCUCAACACGCUAAUGGACGCCCUCGAUUACAGAAACGUGAUUGGCAUGGAGGUGGACAACUACAGCAAGUGGGCAAUGACCAAUCCCGUUGCCUACCCCGACAGAGGAGUGAUUACACUCUCGCCUCGUGAGAUACAUCCGGGUCAGCGAGAAGCAAUGCUUGCCAGGAAAACUGGCUUCACUGCUACAGGGACGCAAGGAGACGUCUCUUGGUUGAUUGACAACCGCCGAGUAAUUGUUAUGUGGGAGGCACCAUUCAACUUUGACUUUUACUCAAACAAACUAGCUGUAGGAAUCGUGCCGAGUACAGCUCACACGAGCUCCAUGUUUGAUGUGAUGAACGGGGGAUCUGGCAACUUUACCCGGGGUACAUAUGACAACAGUGUUCACACUAUCGAAUACUGUGACGAGGCCUUGUGCGUGGAGGGAACCAUGGGAACCAGUCACAAGACCCAAAUCCACAUACAAGUUAUCCCCAGAUCUGUCGAGAACGUGGCUAGGACCCUGGAAACAUUCAUCCCCGAGAGUAUGCUCGUAGGCUAGACCUCUCAUGGCAAAUCCUUCUUUGAAUAUAUAAACAUUUGCAACAUAAUUAGCCCUCAACUUCUCGCAACGUACCGGUAAAUAUGAAUGUAACAACCCCAAAGUUAAUAUUCUCAUCUCUUGUUCCAAGAUUGCAGACUGCCGUUGUACGUUUGACCAUCAGCGCUUUUCUGUCAUUCUUUCCUAACCUAACAUUCAAUACUUUUUUAUCAAUCACCAUCCCAAGUUUCUGACCUUCAGCACUUUAAUUUCCUACAAUUUCACGUUCUAUGUUAGACCUUCACUACCUAUCUACCAACACAAUCCCAAGUUUCUGACCUUCAGCUCUUUGAUUGUCUUCCAUUCCACGUUCUAUGCUAAAACUUCACUACUUUUCUACCUAACACAAUCCGAAAUUUAUGAACUAUUAUUCAACAAAUGUCAUAUUUCUGACAUUCCUGAUAUUUCUUACAUUCUUCACUCCAGCAUGGAAUCUAGAUUUAAGUUGCGAAUCCAGUCGAUAUCAUGAUUCUUUUCAACAAGUAAAUGCGUGUGACACAAUACCCUUUCUAGACUUAAGCCAUCGAAUGAACCAUGUGACCCAAUACCCUUUCGAGACUUUAGCCAUCGAAGGAACCAUGUGACCAAAUAGCCUUUCGGGACUUUAAGCAUUGUUGGAACCAUGUGACCCAAUAACCUUUCUAGACUUUAGCUAUCGAAGGAACCAUGUGACCCAAUAACCUUUCUAGACUUCAGCCAUCGAAGGAACCAUGUGACCAAAUAACCUUUCUAGACUUCAGCUAUCGAAGGAACCAUGUGACCAAAUAGCCUUUCUAGACUUUAGCUAUCGAAGGAACCAUGUGACCCAAUAACCUUUCUAGACUUCAGCCAUCGAAGGAACCAUGUGACCAAAUAACCUUUCUAGACUUCAGCCAUCGAAGGAACCAUGUGACCAAAUACCCUUUCUAGACUUUAGCUAUCAAAGGAACCAUGUGACCCAAUAACCUUUCUAGACUUUAGCUAUCAAAGGAACCAUGUGACCCAAUAACCUUUCUAGACUUUAGCUAUCGAAUGAACCAUGUGACCCAAUAACCUUUCUAGACUUUAACCAUCGAAGGAACCAUGUGACCCAAUAACCUUUCUAGACUUCAGCCAUCGAAGGAACCAUGUGACCCAAUAACCUUUCUAGACUUUAACCAUCGAAGGAACCAUGUGACCCAAUAACCUUUCUAGACUUCAGCCAUCGAAGGAACCAUGUGACCCAAUAACCUUUCUAGACUUUAGCUAUCGAAUGAACCAUGUGACCCAAUAACCUUUCUAGACUUUAACCAUCGAAGGAACCAUGUGACCCAAUAACCUUUCUAGACUUCAGCCAUCGAAGGAACCAUGUGACCAAAUAACCUUUCUAGACUUUAGCUAUCGAAGGAACCAUGUGACCCAAUAACCUUUCUAGACUUUAACCAUCGAAGGAACCAUGUGACCAAAUAACCUUUCUAGACUUUAGCUAUCGAAGGAACCAUGUGACCAAAUAGCCUUUCUAGACUUUAACCAUCGAAGGAACCAUGUGACCAAAUACCCUUUCUAGACUUUAGCUAUCAAAGGAACCAUGUGACCCAAUAACCUUUCUAGACUUUAGCUAUCGAAUGAACCAUGUGACCCAAUAACCUUUCUAGACUUUAACCAUCGAAGGAACCAUGUGACCCAAUAACCUUUCGAGAUACGAGUGUAUGAUGUUGACCACAUUUUACAGAAGGCGGUCGUUAUCAUUUCCAGUGUAUUUGCGCAAACUAGUAGUCUUUAUAAUUUUGUCAGUCAUCAUUUUUGUAAUCCAUAUUUGCAAAUAAAAUUCUUUUGUUAUACUGCUA